AUGCAACUGCCAACCAGCUUCAACGUCUUCACAAAUACCUCAAGCGUCCGCAACUUCCACGCCUACUCCUUCUCAAAGACCCUCAACAGUCAGUCCGACUGUAGCACCAUCUCCAUCAGUCAGUCCAACUGUAGCUCCAUCCCCAUCAGUCAGUCCAACUGUGAUUCCAUCACCAUCAGUCAGUCCAACUGUGAUUCCAUCACCAUCAUCAGUCCAACUCGUAGCUCCAUCUCCAUCAGUCAGUCCAUCUGUAGCUCCAUCUCCAUCAGUCAGUCUAACUGUAGCUCCAUCUCCAUCAGUCAGUCCAACUGUAGCUCCAUCUCCAUCAGUCAGUCCAACUGUAGCUCCUUCUCCAUCAUUAGUCCAACUAUAGAUCCAUCUCCAUCAGUCAGUCCAUCUAUAGAUCCAUCUCCAUCAUCAAACUAUAGUUCCAUCUCCAUCUGUGUCACCAACAGUCAGUCCAACUGUAGCCCCAUCAGUCAGUCCUACAGUAGCUCCAUCUCCAUCAGUCAGCCCAACUGUAGCUCCAUCUACAUCAGUCUCAUCCCCAAGUGUGUCACCAUCAGUUACAGCCUCCAUGACUUCAGCACCAAGUCCAUCCGUGUCACCAUCAGUUACAGCCUCCUUGACUCCAUUAAGAAGUGUGUCACCAUCAGUUACAGGAUCCGUGACUCCAGCUCCAAGUCCAUCCGUGUCACAAUCUGUUACAGCAUCUAUUACUCCAGCACCAAGUGUGUCACCAUCAGUUACAGCCUCCAUGACUUCAGCACCAAGUCCAUCCGUGUCACCAUCAGUUACAGCCUCCUUGACUCCAUUAAGAAGUGUGUCACCAUCAGUUACAGGAUCCGUGACUCCAGCUCCAAGUCCAUCCGUGUCACAAUCUGUUACAGCAUCUAUUACUCCAGCACCAAGUGUGUCACCAUCAGUUACAGCCUCCAUGACUUCAGCACCAAGUCCAUCCGUGUCACCAUCAGUUACAGCCUCCUUGACUCCAUUAAGAAGUGUGUCACCAUCAGUUACAGCCUCCGUGACUCCAGCGCCAAGUCCAUCAGUGUCACCAUCAGUUACAGCCUCCUUGACUCCAGCACCAAGUGUGUCACCAUCAGCCACAGCCUCCCUGUCUCUAGUGGCAGUUCCAUCCGUGUCACCAUCAGUUACAGCAUCCGUGACUUCAGCGCCAAGUCCAUCCGUGUCACCAUCAGUAACAGCCUCCAUGACUUCAGUACCAAGUCCAUCUGUGUCACCAUUAGUUACAGCGUCUAUGACACCAGCACCAAGUGUGUCACCAUCAGUUACAGCAUCCGUGACUCCAGCGCCAAGUCCAUCAGUGUCACCAUCAGUUACAGCCUCCAUGACUCCAGUACCAAGUGUGUCACCAUCAGUUACAGCAUCCGUGACUCCAGUACCAAGUCCAUCCGUGUCAGCAUCUGUCACAGCAUCCGUGACUCCAGUACCAAGUCCAUCAAUGUCACCAUCUGUUACAGCCUCCAUGACUCCCGCACCAGUUGUGUCACCAUCUGUUACAGCAUCCGUGACUCCAGCACCAAGUCCAUCCGUGUCACCAUCUGUUACAGCAUCCGUGACUCCAGCACCAAGUGUGUCACCAUCUGUUACAGCCUCCAUGACUCCAGCACCAAGUGUGUCACCAUCUGUUACAGCCUCCAUGACUCCAGCACCAAGUCCAUCCGCGUCACCAUCUGUUACAGCCUCCAUGACUCCAGUACCAAGUGUGUCACCAUCAGUUACAGCACCCGUGACUCCAGCACGAAGUGCGUCACCAUCAGUUACAGCCUCCAUGACCCCAGUACCAAGUCCAUCGAUGUCACCAUCAUUUACAACAUCCGUGACUACAGCGCCAAGUCCAUCCAUGUCACCAUCAGCUACAGCUUCCAUGACUCCACCCCUAAGUGUGUCACCAUCAGUUACAGCAUCCAUGACUCCCGCACCAAGUGUGUCACCAUCAGUUGCAGCCUCCGUGACUCCAGCGCCAAGUAUGACACCAUCGGUAACGCCAUCCGUGACUGCAGCACCAAGCGUGUCACCAUCAGUAACACAAUCGGUGACUCCAGCGCCAAGCGUGACACCAUCGGUAACACCAUCCGUGACUCCAGUGCCAGGUGUGUCACCAUCACCAUCCGUAACAGCAUCUAUGACACCAUUGGUAACGCCAUCCUUGACUCUAGUGCCAAGCGUGUUACCAUCAGUAACAGCAUCCAUGACACCAUCGGUAACAGCAUCCGUGACUCCAGCGCCAAGUAUGACACCAUCGGUAAGAGUAUCCAUGACACCAUUGGUAACGCCAUCCGUGACUACAGCGCCAAGCGUGUCACCAUCAGUAACACCAUCCGUGACUCCAGCGCCAAGUGUGACACCAUCGGUAACGCCAUCCGUGACUCCAGCGUCAAGUAUGGCACCAUCAGUAACACCAUCUGUGACUCCAGCGCCAAGCGUGUCACCAUCAGUAACACCAUCCGUGACUCCAGUGCCAGGUGUGUCACCAUCAGUACCACCAUCCGUGACUCCAGCGCUAAGUAUGACACCAUCAGUAACACCAUCCGUGACUCCAGUGCUAGGUAUGACACCAUCAGUACCACCAUCCGUGACUCCAGUGCUAAGUAUGACACCAUCAAUAACGCCAUCCGUGACUCCGGCGCCAAGUAUGACAUCAUCAGUACCACCAUCCGUGACUCCGGCGCCAAGCGUGGCACCAUCAGUUACACCAUCCGUGACUCCGGCGCCAAGCGUGGCACCAUCAGUUACACCAUCCGUGACUCCAGUGCCAGGUGUGUCACCAUCACCAUCCGUAACAGCAUCUAUGACACCAUUGGUAACGCCAUCCUUGACUCUAGUGCCAAGCGUGUUACCAUCAGUAACAGCAUCCAUGACACCAUCGGUAACAGCAUCCGUGACUCCAGCGCCAAGUAUGACACCAUCGGUAAGAGUAUCCAUGACACCAUUGGUAACGCCAUCCGUGACUACAGCGCCAAGCGUGUCACCAUCAGUAACACCAUCCGUGACUCCAGCGCCAAGUGUGACACCAUCGGUAACGCCAUCCGUGACUCCAGCGUCAAGUAUGGCACCAUCAGUAACACCAUCUGUGACUCCAGCGCCAAGCGUGUCACCAUCAGUAACACCAUCCGUGACUCCAGUGCCAGGUGUGUCACCAUCAGUACCACCAUCCGUGACUCCAGCGCUAAGUAUGACACCAUCAGUAACACCAUCCGUGACUCCAGUGCUAGGUAUGACACCAUCAGUACCACCAUCCGUGACUCCAGUGCUAAGUAUGACACCAUCAGUAACGCCAUCCGUGACUCCGGCGCCAAGCGUGGCACCAUCAGUUACACCAUCCAUGACUCCGGCGCCAAGCGUGGCACCAUCAGUUACACCAUCCAUGACUCCGGCGCCAAGCGUGGCACCAUCAGUUACACCAUCCGUGACUCCGGCGCCAAGCGUGGCACCAUCAGUUACACCAUCCGUGACUCCGGCGCCAAGCGUGGCACCAUCAGUUACACCAUCCGUGACUCCGGCGCCAAGCGUGGCACCAUCAGUUACACCAUCCGUGACUCCGGCGCCAAGCGUGUCACCAUCAGUAACACCAUCCGUGACUCCAGCGCCAAGCGUGGCACCAUCAGUUACACCAUCCGUGACUCCAGCGCCAACUCCACCAGUGAGCGCUACCUCGACUCCGUCGAUGAGUGCAUCCAUCUCUGUCAUGCCCAGUUCGACCCCACUUCCACCUUCGUCAUUGCAGCCAAGUCCAUCAAUGAUGAGGACUGCGACUGUCACUCCAUCUUCAGCUAUUCCAACAACGUUCCCUCCGGUCGUGUUUGUUCCAGAAGUUGACGUCAACGCUGGCCGUGUCAUCCCGGCGAAUGCUGCCCCGCCGGUGUUCUCACCCGCUGGGGACGUGCCAACUUCGCUAGACGUCGCCAUC